AUGAGCGAAGCAGAUCGCGAGAAAAGAGCCUUUAUACUGCUGGGAAUACCAAUAUCGCGUGAACCGAGUCGUGAUUCAAUUUUGCGUACGCGACCUCCGGCGCCGCCCCGUGAUGCCAAGCGUCGUCUACGUACAUUGGAGCGAGCAUUGACUUUGAGCAACCGUGCAUCGGAACGCUGUUACAUUUUACACGAGCUUGGGCGUUUACACGUUGACACAAGACAAGCUCAUAGAGCGCGAUUUUAUGCUGUGAAGUGCCAAUCAGAAGCAAGAUCGGCCAACCAGCGCAUAUGGCUACUAAACGCCACGUUUCUCUUGGCACGUUGUCACAUAUUACAGAACAAUCGACCGGAGACACGAGCAACGUUGAUUGAAGGAGCCGGACUUGCCAAAUCGUUUGGAUAUUCUGAUGUCGCUACUUUCUUUGAUACGUGUGUCAAUAUAUCACUUGAAGGCGAGGCCGGGUCCGUAGACUCAAUGCUUGUGAAGCGCGAGAAGGCGAUGGUUAGCCUAAUGCAGGAUGACGAUAUGCGAAAAGCUGCAGAAUACUUAUUCAGAAGAAUGUCUGUCUUACCAGCUUCCAGGCGUUUCUCAGUAAUGCCGGGCACUCGAGCGGACGAAAGCGCGCCCGCCACCGGUCACCGCGUGUCGAUCAUACCGCGAGUGCAACAGCCCGUACGAGUGGUGCACAAAUCACGACAUCCACUCGGAUUUCAAGAUUUUGAUAUU